AUGAAUAACGAGCCUCAUGGUCCACCAGGGGGCUUCGACCAAGACCGCCAUCCUCAGGAGCAGCGCAGAGUAGAUGCGAUGCGAGAAGAACAGCUGCAGCGGGAACGAGAACAUGAGCGCGAGCGUGAACGUGAACGCAAUGAUAGAGAUAGGCAGAUGCGAGAGCAGCAAUACCAACAGCCUCCACCACCCCACCAAGCCAAUACUGGUCCGAUAACCAUUCACCAACCCGUAGCAUCACGACUGCCAGGUGCCAUACACAGUCCUGGUGGUCUGCUCGCAAAUCAUGGUAGUGCGCCGCCGUCAGGUCCUCUCGGUGCGCCCAGCGGGCCUGGGAAUGCCUUCGGUGGACCUCUGCAUAGUGAAGCAAGUCGCCCCAUUCAACACAACCCUCAGCAGGCCACGAACCAGCUACAGCAACAGCAAGGCUUCGGACCUAGUAUACUGCAUCAUAACUCUGUUGGCGGACCUGGUGGAAAUGCUGGAUUCGGAGGACCGCUUGCAACCCAGCAGCAGCAGGUGCAACAACAGCAAGAAGCCGUCUCGAGGAUCGCGGGUAUUCCAUUUGGUGCGGCACCUAUCCCACAGGGCCAUGCAAUACCAGGUGGUGCUCCUCAAAUCGGCCAAGGCGGUCAACAACCUAUUCUCAAUGAUGCCUUGAGUUACUUGGACCAAGUAAAGGUUCAGUUUGCCGAUCAACCUGAUGUGUACAAUCGCUUCCUUGACAUCAUGAAAGACUUUAAAAGCCAAGCAAUCGAUACCCCUGGCGUGAUUAACCGUGUCUCUGAACUCUUCGCUGGCCAUCCCAAUUUGAUCCAAGGCUUCAACACCUUCCUUCCUCCAGGAUAUAGGAUAGAAUGCGGCGCAGGAAACGAUCCAAACACGAUAAGAGUCACCACUCCUAUGGGUACCACGGUCCAAUCCAUCACUGGAGCUGGUCGUGCUCUUCCUGAAUCUGUAAUGACCCAAGGCGGCCAAGGUAGUGGAGGAUAUUACAACCCACAGCGCACUGGUAAUUGGCAGCAACAGCAACAGCAGCCACAGCACAGUAUUGAGAGCCCCGAAGCCGUUUUCAGCCCUCAAACCCAGAACGCUGUGCCCAUGUAUAAUCAGACUCCAACACACAGCGCCUAUGACCAAGCGGCGGCGGCGGCGGCGCACCAGCAGCAACAAAGAGGCGUAUCUCAGUUGACAAAUGCUGUGGCCAGCACCUUGGGCCAGCCUCCAAGGAAUACGCAAACACCGACUCCCGGUGGUCAGCCAGGCAUGAACAAUGGUGCCCAGGCAGGGUUGGAAAAACGAGGUCCUGUCGAGUUCAAUCACGCUAUAAGCUAUGUGAACAAGAUUAAGAACCGAUUCCAAGACCGACCCGAAAUCUACAAGCAGUUUCUUGAAAUUCUGCAAACCUACCAGCGAGAAUCAAAGCCAAUUCAAGACGUGUAUGCCCAAGUCACGACUCUCUUCAACACAGCGCCGGACCUACUCGAAGACUUCAAGCAAUUCCUCCCUGAAUCUGCCGCGCAGGCCAAAGCCGCAGCAGCAGCCAAGGCCGCGGAGGAGGCUCAACAGAACCAGGCAACUCAAGCACAAGUACAAGCUACUCGCGGUGAAGGAAAGUUGCCUCCUUCAGGAACCUUCUCGGUGCCUACAAGCGCUGUCAAAGAUAGCAAUAAGAAGCAGGGGAUUAAGCGUAACGCGCAGCCCAGUGCUGCAGAGGGAUCAAAUCGAGGUGCGGGUCAAGGCAAUGCUAAGAGACAAAGAGUAACUCAAACCCAAAAGAGUGCGGCAGACGCGCCAGCAAUGUCUCCAACUCUAACCCCUCAAAUGCCCGAACCAAUGCCUCCUACCCUUACCUCCGGCGCGACGUCUGAGGAGCUCGCCUUCUUUGACCGCGUCAAGAAGUACAUCGGCAACAAGCAGAUCAUGAACGAAUUUCUUAAGCUCUGCAAUCUAUUCUCGCAAGACCUCAUCGACAAAAAUGUCCUCGUGCACAAAGUUAGCACAUUUAUCGGCGGUAACCCGGAUUUAAUGAAUUGGUUCCAGAACUUCGUCAAUUACGACGGCAACCAAGUUGUCAUUGAUAACCAGCCACAGGCACCUACCAAUAAGGUUGCAUUGACACCAUUUCCAACCAUGAGCCCUCUUCACAACCGAUUGUCUUACGUCCAAGCUGGAUGCUCUGAGAGCGCCUGCCCGAACCCAGCAGGGCCCAGUGGUACCAACUACGCCCGCGUUGGCCAUGGCCAACACGCAAAGCAUCAGCUGGAGUACGAGCUGGACUCUGUUGGGAAAAGUGCAUCAAAGCGCAGGAAGUUGUGCGCCAAAGAGAAGAUGGAGAGAGGAAGAGUCAGAGAAGAAGUCAAGGAAUGGACAAAAAUUGACAACCGUGAUCAGGAGCGCCUAAAGCCUUGCUCUGGCCGGGAUGAGAUGUGCCGAGAGGUGCUCAACGACGACUGGGCCUCGCAUCCAACAUGGGCUUCUGAGGAUUCUGGUUUCGUUGCCCACCGUAAAAAUGUCUACGAAGAGGGUCUCCACCGAAUUGAAGAAGAGCGGCACGACUAUGACUUCAACAUUGAGACAAACGCCAAAGUCAUUUCACUUCUCGAGCCCAUCGCCCAAACACUGACGAUCAUGGACCUCGAGUCGCGAGCAGAUUUCCGCAUGCCAAUCGGUCUCGGUGGUUUCAGUCAAGCUAUCUACAAGCGGGUUUUCAAGAAGAUCUAUGGUGAGCGAGGGCCUGAGGUUGUCGCGGAUCUGUUCAAGGACCCAUGCGCAGUGCUUCCAAUCGUGUUGGCGAGAUUGAAGCAAAAGGAUGAAGAGUGGCGUUUCACUCAGCGUGAGUGGGAGAAGGUAUGGGCCGCCCAAACCUCCAAUAUGUACUUGAAGAGUCUCGAUCACAUGGGUAUCCAAGCCAAGCAAGCAGACAAGAAAAAUUUUGCUGCAAAGCACCUCGUCGAUGUCAUCAAGACCAAGUAUGAAGAGCAGCGUCGUCAGCGAGCCACCACGGGAAAGAAAGCUACCUUCCAACUCUCCUUUCAAUUCAAGGACCGUGCAGUCGUUCUCGACGUUCUACGCAUCAUGCUCAUCUACACCGCCAAUGCAAGCCAGCACAACACCAACGAGCGUCUUCGCAUUCAGAACUUCUUCGAGACCUUCGUCCGCAUCUUCUUUGGUUUCUCAGAGGAUGAGAUUGCUCGCUGCAGUGCCGGUAUUGACCGAGGUACUCCAGAUGACGACUCCGAGGACAUUGCCCCGCUGGAGCUCACCAACGGCAGAGGUAGACGUCCAGGCAACGGCAAGAAAAACGACCUGCGGCGUGGCGUCCUCGACAAAGGCCGCAACGGGGUCCGGGGUCGGGGCCACAAGGAUGAUAGUGCUACCGGAAGCAAAGAGUCAACUCCUGACGUCGAUUCUGUCGCAGAGGAUGAUGCAGAGCAUGGAGAUGACUCUGCUAUCAACCGGGUCUCUGAGCAGCGCUGGAUGUCUUCGACACCAGGUGCGAUCGACAAGGUGGGCACUGGCGUGGAGUAUCCUCUUUAUGAUGCAGACCAACCCCGCAAACGCGUCUCGUACAGCCUAUACGCCAACCAGAAUAUCUUCUGCUUCUUUAGCAUCUUCCAGACCUUGUACCGCCGCCUGACAGAGAUCAAGGACUGCGAAAAGACUGCCUUCGAGGAAGGCAAAGUCACUGCCAAAGACAAGCCUGCUCGGCUGCUCGGCUUGAUCUCUGACGCUGACAACUUCCAUAUUUCGGCUGAGGAGGAUAGGGCUAAAAAUGGAAAGGACAGCAGCAUCUUCUACUACAAGAAGACCCUGGAACACGUCGCCGUGUUCAUUGAAGGCGAAAUGGACGAGAGUCAGUACCAGAACUGGCUCCGACGUUACUACCUGAAGAAGGGCUGGCAACUGUACACUGUCCAAGAUUUACUCAAGUCCAUCUGCAGAUUUGGUUCCGUCUGCUCAGGUUCUGAGAAUAAGGAGAAGACACCGGAUCUGAUUGAGCUUUUCUAUAGCGACAGACGUCUUGAGGAGACCACAUACAAGAACGAAAUCAACUUGCGAAAGCAAGCAGACAAAUUUGUCAAGGAACAAGAGCUUUUCUUGAUUAGCUGGGUCCCCAGUAAGAAGCCUGCAGAGAGCCUCGGACGAGCAGAUAUCAAGUGGGUCCAGAAGGACGAGACUACCUUGAACAUGAAUGAGAUGGAGCGUAAGGAGCGCUGGCAAUACUACGUAUCCUCCUACGUCCGUACCGAGCCCACCGAGGGUGUCAAUCGCCAGAGGCUGCAAAAAUCUGUUCUUCAGCGCAACACCCAGGCCACCGAUAACGAGACCAACAUGAAGCAGCCUCUCCGGUAUACCGAACAAUUGAACCUUCAUAUUGAUGUGAAAACUUUCAAGAUCAUCUACCGCCCCCCAGGAACCGAUUGCUUCAUCUACAGUGGUAAUCCUCUCACCACCGACCCCAAGACCAAGGAGAGUGCUGCUCGCGUGCGUCUCCAGAAGUUUGAAAAUAUCCGCAACGAGCGCUUCAGGGAAAAGUUCGAGAUGAACAAUAAUUGGAUGAAGGGUCUUGACCACGACGAGGUUGCUCGGGUCAACAGCAACUUUAAAAUGUGGACCGAGGAUGGAGUCUUCCCCAAUAAGGGCGGUGUUGUUGAUGUCUUGGUCGACUAG